UGUUGUUCCGUCUGCCAGGUUGUGAAGGGAAUGCGAGAGUUGAACAAGUGGGAAUUUGAGAACGACCACCAAUGGAGAAUCAGUCGUAGGACAAGAAGAAGUUGAAUACUUUUACGGCCGUCUGAAAGGCUAAAGAGAGAAGAAACAGGCUGUUGGAGAGUUUUGGAAGGUGGAAGAUGAGAGAAGAGGUGUCCUGCACUAACUCCCCUGAAGGAGGGCUGGGGGCCAGUGAAGAGGAACUGGAAAGGGGCUCCAAGAAGAAUCACCAGUCAGGUCACCGAAAACGAUCCCCUCAUCCCAAGAAAGACAGUCUGGCUCAGACAGAGGAUAGCGCCGCCGGCAGUCCCACCGGCCUCCUGCCGUCCGGGCCCAAGAGGGUGAAGAAGAGUCCCUCAGCCGUGGUGAGCCUGGCCCCCGCCUCGCUGGGCCCGCGGCCCGACCAGCCCUUCGAGGACCUCCACUCCCAGCGGGUGAUCGCCAACGUGCGGGAGCGCCAGCGCACCCAGUCCCUCAAUGACGCCUUCGCCUCGCUGCGCAAGAUCAUACCGACGCUCCCUUCGGACAAGCUGAGCAAGAUCCAGAUCCUCAAACUGGCGUCACGCUACAUCGACUUCCUGUACCAGGUGCUGCAGAGCGACGAGAUGGACGCUAAGCUGGCCAGCUGCAAUUACCUGGCCCACGAGAGGCUGAGCUAUGCCUUCUCCGUCUGGAGGAUGGAGGGGGCCUGGGCCAUGUCUGCCAGCCACUAGGACCCCCUCGCGCCCGUCUUUACCUGUUGCCUCCCUCUCUCUAGCUCUCUCUCUUCCUUUUGUACAUUUCUUAUUUAAAUCUUCCUGUCUGACCUUUCGCCCUCCAUCAAUCUGCACCCCUUUCACCUUUUCAGUCACCGUUGCUUCCACUGCUUUCCUCACAUCUGUGCCACAGUUUCGCCCGGUGCAGGAAGACUCUGCACUGCUAACCCUCAGCUCGGCAGGGGCCUUCAGAGACAACGGCGCAACAUUGGGGCCGCAACGGGCCAAAGCAUCUUGUCUUGACCUCGGAGCCAACGUGAUGUGAGCACAUGUGCUAGGAGCAGAUGUGGUCCACACCUCUUGUUGAUCAUACAGUGUUUGAUAAGUUGAAGAGAAAAUAUGAUGGAUUUUGGAACUCUACAUUUGUUAUAUAUUUCAAGAAUCAAAAUCACAACUACUGUACUACAAAGUGAGUCUAGAGGAUUUUUGCAGCCAUAUUAAUGCCUAUUUACCACAUUUUCUUCAAUUAGUUGCUUAUAUAGCAAUAUAUAGAUCUGCCACCUUUAUAAAGGGUUUAUAAACUGCUUAAAAAUAGGUCAAUGAUAGCGUUAUGAAGUCUUCAGAAGUUAUCUAUAUGUAUCAGUUACUUACAAAACCUUUCAACGAAGAUUCAUGAUUUUCUCAAGUGGAAGCUAACUGUAGCUUUGCUGCUAAUGCAGGGGUCACUGACCUUUUUGAAAUUGAGAGCUACUUCUUCGGUACUGAUUAAGCGACGGGCUUCCAGUUUGAUACACACUUUUGAAAUAAUACAUUUAGUCAAAUUACCUCAAAUUCUAGUUUAUUAUUAAUAAUUAAUGAUAUUCAUGUAUGUGAAGACAGAUCGUGUUAAUGAUUUCUCAAAAUAAUGAUCAACAAUGAUUUAACAAGGUAGGAAGCAAACAUAUCUAUAUGUAACACUAUUUUUUUUUAAAUAAAUGUCUGGAAGUGUUUACAUUUUCAAAUGAUCCUUUCUACAACAUUCCUAGGAAAUCACAAUGUUCCAUCACUGGAGAGCUAUUUUUAGAACAGUCAAGCUGGCUGCUUAUGUGGUCCUUGGGCGUGAUGAGUGACCCCUGCACUAAUGCAUCAUUACUAUGACUAUAAUCCUGAUGAUUUUUUUAAAACGUGUAUUGUAAUUCAUUACAGUGAUUUUCUGAGAUUAAAGUUUGUAUCCUCAUCCAGACUACACAGUUUAUUUAACACUGGCAAUAAAAUGUGUUUAUUAUUAUUAUUAUUAAUUUUAUUAUUAUUAUUAUCAUUUGCUGUCAAUGCAUACACAUUUAUUUAUCAAGUGGAAUGUUUUUAGAAUGUUUGAAUACGACAAAACUGGAAAAAAAAAAAAAAGAUUCUCCAUGAGAGGGAGAAAGUAA